CCAUUCAAUUGAAAGUUGAGACAUGCGCGGUUCAACACGCUUUCUGUCAACCCAAGCUGUCAUUCACAUUUGUCCUCCAAAACAUGUUUUAUUUUCUCCACCGUAGGUUUUUCCAUUCAUCGUGUCGCCUCCCGAAAAAGAAAAGCAACGCGGAGCAGAGGUGGCUCGCUCGUCAGGCGAACGACCCUUACGUCAAAGCUUCACACGCUCUAAACUUUCGCUGCCGGAGCGCCUUCAAGUUGCUGGAGAUUGAUGACAAGUUCCGCCUGUUGCAGCCCGGGAUCGGCGUGGUGGACUGCGGGGCGGCGCCCGGAGCCUGGAGCCAGGUGGCCGUGCACCGGGUCAAUUCAGCGGGGACAGAGCCAACAUCACCCAUGGGUACAGUCAUCGGUAUUGACCUCCUAAACGUAGCACCUCUGGAUGGUGCCCACUUUCUGUCAAGCCAUGACGUCACUGACCCUGCCACGCACGCCAAGCUGCCCGACUUACUGCCUGGCGGCCGGGCUCAUGUCCUCCUCAGCGACAUGGCGCCCAACGCCAGCGGCUUUCGGGAGAUGGACCACGAGAGGCUCGUCGGUUUGUGCUUGUCACUACUGGACUUGGCAGAGACUAUUUUGCGCCCUGGAGGCUCUCUGCUGUGCAAAUAUUGGGAUGGUUCCCUGGCCCAUCAUCUCCAGGACAAACUUUGUCUCACGUUUGAGAGUGUUCGGAGUUUAAAGCCACAUGCGAGCCGCAAAGAUUCUGCAGAGAGGUAUUUCCUUGCCAGAAACUACAGGAAACCAGUGAGUGGAUAGACUUUAUUACCGCUACGAAAGAAGGACAAAAUAGUUUCUGCCAUUUUUUCCAUUACACGGUCCUGUCAAACCAAGUGUCACUCUAGAUCUGAUCCAGAUUUGGCAUCAAGUGCAAUCGUCCAAAUCCAGUUGAACAUGUUCGGAUGUUCCCAUGUCCAUCUAAUCACAUUAUAUUAUCUUGUAUUUUAAAAAAUAUGUCUGUAGGACAUUUGUUACCAGAAAGGACACAAUUUGGAUCACUUGUCAAUCAACAGAUAACAAUAAUAUUGAAUGCUAUGAUUUAAAAAAAAAAAUGAAAUAUCGUAUAGUGUAAUUAUUAAAACUCGAAUGAUUGAAGUAAUUUGUAAUAGUUACUCAUUUUCCCUUUUUUUAUGUACUGUAAUAUCUUUCCCCCACAUUGAUUAGGAUACAACUGCAUCCUCUGUAAGUUAUAAAUAAGAGUAUUGCAUAUAGUAUCCAUACUGUGUGUAUGGAUAUGAUAAAUAGUUAAGAAAAAGUCCAAUGAAUUAAAACAAAACAAAAUGA